UGGCGGGCACGGAUCUGUGUUCAAGUCCCCAAGUCCCGAACUGUGUUCUUUUGCGCUUCACGGACCCAGCUGGGUGAGAUCCAAAGAUCUUCUCUGAACGGUUCUUCUUCUUCCUAACUGGAUUGAUCGAUUCGCAUUUUCUUCAUCAUCGUCGUCAAUGGCUUCUUCCUCUCUGCGGCUCCACAAUCUUCUCUCUUCCCCGCUCAGACAGCGAUCAUCAUCAUUACCACUUUCUUCCAAUGGAGCUUCCUUUCGAGCAAUUCCUUCUUCUACAGCUUUCAUUUCGUCUCCACUUCUGCUCUCUUCUCCUCUACUGCCUCCUCGAAUUGCUUCUCACUCAGUCGUCGUUAAGGCGUCUUCGCCUUCUUCCUCUUCCUCUUCUCCUGCAACUGUUGCAGAGUCUCAAGGAAUCAAGAUUGAUUUGAUUCCGACUCAGCCGAUUGAAGGCCAGAAAACUGGAACUAGUGGUCUCCGGAAGAAGGUGAAAAUAUUUAAGCAGGAAAAUUACCUUGCAAAUUGGAUCCAGGCAUUGUUCAAUUCCUUGCCACCAGAGGAUUACAAAAAUGGGCUGUUGGUUUUAGGAGGCGAUGGUCGUUAUUUUAAUAAAGAAGCUGCACAGAUUAUCAUGAAAAUUGCUGCAGGAAAUGGUGUUGGGAAAAUAUUGGUUGGACAGGAAGGUAUUUUGUCCACACCAGCUGUCUCUGCUGUAAUACGAAAGAGGAAGGCCAACGGAGGAUUUAUAAUGAGUGCAAGUCACAAUCCAGGUGGUCCUGAAUAUGACUGGGGUAUUAAGUUUAAUUAUAGCAGUGGGCAGCCUGCACCUGAAUCAAUUACAGACAAAAUAUAUGGAAACACUCUUUCUAUCUCUGAAAUAAAAUUCGCUGAUAUUCCUGAUGUUGACCUCUCUCGCAUUGGAGAAAUCAAGUAUGGGAACUUCAGUGUUGAAGUUGUAGAUCCUGUUUCUGACUAUUUGGAGCUGCUGGAGAAUGUAUUUGAUUUUCCACUCAUAAAAAGUCUGCUUUCACGUUCAGAUUUCAGGUUUGUAUUUGAUGCCAUGCAUGCAGUAACUGGUGCUUAUGCAAAACCAAUUUUUGUGGACAAGUUAGGAGCGAGUCUGGACUCAAUUUCCAAUGGAGUGCCUUUAGAAGAUUUUGGGCAUGGACAUCCAGAUCCUAAUCUUACGUAUGCUAAGGAUCUGGUCGACCUUUUGUUCAGUGAAGACGGACCUGAUUUUGGAGCUGCUAGUGAUGGAGAUGGUGAUAGAAACAUGAUAUUGGGUAGGGGUUUUUUUGUUACUCCUUCAGAUUCUGUUGCAAUUAUUGCAGCUUAUGCACAGGAGGCGAUUCCAUAUUUCAAGAAUGGUCCUAAGGGGCUAGCUCGUUCGAUGCCAACAAGUGGAGCACUUGAUCGUGUAGCUGAAAAGCUCAAUCUGCCAUUUUUCGAGGUUCCUACUGGCUGGAAAUUCUUUGGUAACCUUAUGGAUGCUGGGAAAUUGUCAAUAUGCGGGGAGGAGAGUUUCGGAACAGGUUCCGAUCAUAUCCGUGAGAAGGAUGGCAUAUGGGCUGUGCUGGCUUGGCUUUCUAUAAUUGCAUUCCGCAACAAAGACAAGAAAGUUGGGGAGAAGUUGACCUCAGUGUCAGAUGUUGUGAAGGAACAUUGGGCUAUUUAUGGAAGGAACUUCUUUUCAAGAUAUGACUAUGAAGAAUGUGAGUCGGAAGGUGCUAAUAAGAUGAUGAGUCACCUUGGAGAUCUCGUCAGUAAAAGCAAGUCUGGUGACAAGUAUGGAAGUUAUGUCCUCCAAUUUGCAGAUGACUUUUCGUAUACUGACCCUGUUGAUGGAAGUGUGGCAUCAAAACAAGGUGUUCGUUUUGUUUUUUCAGAUGGAUCAAGGAUAAUAUACCGUUUAUCUGGAACUGGUUCAGCAGGGGCUACUGUAAGAAUAUACAUUGAGCAGUUUGAACCGGACACUUCUAAACAUGAUGUGGAUGCCCAAACAUCUCUAAAACCAUUAAUAGAUUUGGCAUUAUCUUUGUCCAAGCUGGAGGAGUUCACUGGGAGGGAGAAACCGACAGUCAUCACCUAAGAGAACAAGCUCAUAAUCUAUAGACUGGCUCAGGCUCCACUAGAUGGAGGUCGGCUCUUCCAUCCCUUGCCCAGCCUAGGGCCAUGCUUGCUUAUAUUUAAAUUUUGGUCGAUUUUAGUAAAUUUAUCUCUGCAGAAUAAGUAGCUUACUCAUGUAAAAUUUGACAGAACAUCAACAUUUGAAAUAAAUAAUAUUUUCAAUUUUCACAAUC